AUGCCCCUUUGUCCUCCCUCUCUCUUCGCUAUCAAGUUUUUCACCAAGCGAAUUCCUGUUCAAGCCAUGACUUCGACAGACAUUCCUCCAGAGCUCCUCGUCAGAGCUUCGCCGAUUGCCCCACCAAUAACCUCCUCUCCGCCCCCGUACUCCGUAUCCGAGUCAGAGGCAAAGUUUUACUAUGCAGGCUUGCCCUCCAACCCUCUGUUGGUCUACCGUACUGGACACACGCCCUGGGAGAAGCCUACUGGCCCCGAGGCUUACCUUGUGCUGAAGGAGGUCAAGCCAGUCUUCAGUCACGAGAUUGUAACCGUCUGGGACGACCUGGGCCCAAAGGUCUGCAGCUGCCUGGAUUACGUGCAGGUCACUUGGACGAGUGUCGAUGUUGUUCGCUUCGCCGAGGUCGGGAAGACUCCUGGUUCUCCCGUUCUAUGGAUCGGGGUCAUGCCCCAGUCUCUCUCCAGCGAGGACGCUCACAUCGCGGCUGUCGAUUGUCAGAAACUCCUCCAGUCGUACAAGCUCACCGACGUCGAAGUAGAGUUUAGGGAAUCCAUUUUCGCCCGGUCUGCUUGUCUUCAGCUCCUCCGAUCCGUCCCUACCUCAAACCCCACCGCUGUUGUUCGCGACCCUCUAACCCCCACCCUCGGGCUACGGAUCGCUGCCCGAGCCACGCCAUACACUGAGGGUACCGGAGCUCUAUAUAUCUCUGAAGGCAGCAACAGCAACAAGGUCUACGUUCUUUCCGCCCGGCACGUUGUUUUCCCCCCCGAUCUAGGAAAUAACGAGCUCUACAACUGCACAGAUGUCUGCGGGCCUCGUCGCCAAAUCCUUCUCCCCGGCCCCAAGGCAUUCCAGACGUUACUCAAGUCCACCGCGGCCGAGAUCUGGAGACACAAUGCUGUGGUCGGCUACAAUAAGCGGCGGCUUGACGACUUCAAGGACGACGACUUCCAGGAUGACGAUGGGAUGAGGGAGCGGGCAAAGAUUGAGCGUUAUUUGAAGGACGAUGCGGUGACGAUCAAAGCCCUUUACCAGUUCCACGAUGAGACCACGAGGUACUGGAGCAAAGAGAGCCAGCGCGUCAUCGGUCACGUCGCUUACUCCCCUCCCAUCGCCGCCGGGACCGGCGCUGAACGUUACACCGAGGAUUGGGCUUUCAUUGAGCUCGACCACGACAAGAUUGACUGGAACACUUUCAAGGGCAAUGUUAUCGACCUUGGUGAAGAGACUUUGAUUUCAGACAUUACCUUGCGCAUGUCCCCCGGCCCCGUGGGCCUCAUGUCUUUCAAGUACCCGGGUGACCGCCUCUUGCGGCUUCGGGGCGUGAUCGAGGAAGACGAGCUACGUUGCCCGCAAAUGCUCGAUGCUCACGGCGAACGGUCCCUCGUUGUAAUGAAGAACAGCUGUGCCACAGGCCUGACCAUUGGCUGUGCUACUGGCAUCAAGUCCUUCGUGCGCGAGUACUUCCCGGACCGCAGUCCGGAGAUGUCUAUAGAGUGGGCGAUCCUUCCAUACGAUCAGAAGUCUGGCGCGUUCUCCGCCCCAGGUGACUCCGGCGCCAUCAUCGUUGACGGCGAGGGACGUAUUGGAGGUCUCCUCACUGGCGGUACAGGCCAGACAGAGUCUAUCGACGUCACGUACGCGUCGCCUUUCUACUGGCUCUUGCAGCGUAUCCGGACUCACUUCCCCAAUGCUGUCCUCUACCAGCCCACAGCCUAG